UGUUGCUAUUUGCCAAAUUCCAUAAAAAAAUGGCAGCCUUUAUGUCGUAAGCUUUUCUUUUCUUUUCUACAAAUGAAAAGUUUUUAUUAAUAAUUUAUGGAUGAUUUAUAAUGCCAGUUGAAGCAAUCCAGAUGGUUAAUCGGAUUUCUGAAGCAAUUAUUUAAUUAAUAUCAUUAGUCAUGUACUUCGUAAUGGCUGUAGCGUAAACAUCGGGCUACAUAUGCAAAUGCUGAACGGAUCGAACGAUACAAAUAGUUCUGAUACAGCACCCAAUAAAGAUACCAUGAGUGCCGGGAGUGCAACUUUGGACCGUGAGUUAGCGAGCACGCGCCGCUUGCUGUGGGGCGAGAAUGUGAAGGAAGAUGUGUUUCGGCGGUGGGCGCAGGGCUUCCAAUUUAGUCCAGAUGAGCCCAGUGCCUUAGUACAACUAGAAGGAGGUCCAUGCGCAGCCAUUGCGCCAGUUCAAGGCUUUUUGCUCAAAAUACUUUUAUCAGAGACACCUGGACACAGUUUUCAGGAUUUGACAUCGGAAAAGUGCAAUUCUCUGCUUGUUAGGGCUGUGUGUACAAUAUUAAGCCAGUGUCUAGCUCCUAAGUACAAUGUUGCUGUAUGCCGGAAGAAUGAAUCAGAUGCUGAGACUAGCGGAGGCAAUAACCACAGUGUGGAAGAACAAUCCAGUUCUGUGUAUGAUACCUUAGAACAAUUCCAUCGAAAAAUUGAGGUGCAUUCAUUUCAGACAUUAUCUGAAGUGGAAGCUUUCUACACAAGGAACAUUAGAAUAUUGAAGGACAAGUAUGGUGUACUACUUCUUUUGUAUAGUGUUAUUCUCAGCAAGGGGGUAGCUGUUGUGGAAGCAGAGCUUGCAGAACUGUCUGACCCACUCAUACACUCAACAUACGGCUAUGGCUCACAGGGACUAAUUAACUUAAUGCUCACAGGAAGAGCUGUAGCACACGUGUGGGACCAUGACCAAGUUGUAGGGGGAUUAAGGCUACGUGGUAUUGAAAGACAAAAUGAUAUUGGUUUCCUUACUAUAAUGGAACAUAUGCAGUAUUGCACUGUUGGGUCAUUUUACAAAAAUCCUAAACAUCCCGUGUGGGUGUUGGCCUCUGACACACAUUUAACGGUGUUGUUUUCUCUGGAGCGGCGAUUAGCUGCACCUGAAACUGUUGGCGAGUCAGCAGAGCGAAUUUUUCGCUCAUUCGAUCCAGAGGGAAACAACUUUAUUCCAUCAGCAGCUCUCCAGGAUGUACUAUGUGCUGCUGACCUUGUGAGUGAACCUGAAUAUGUGGAGCUAAUGAGACGGAAGUUAGAUUCUGAGAAUUUAGGCAUUAUAUUAUUAAGUGCAUUCAUGGAUGAGUUCUUCCCUGGAUGUGAGCGUGGAGCACCAGAUACAUUCACCUUGCACCAUUACAAUGGACUACUGCGCAGUAAUCCAGGUGCUAGAGUUAUAUUCCGCACGGGCCGCGCGGCGCUACUGGAAUGCCCUAUGCGUGCAGCCAGCACUGAUGCCAUGUUGACGUGUCUACAGACCAAAUGGCCUAGCAUUGAUGUGGUGUGGGAUGAUGGACCAUCACCAUCACUAAACUAGCACAGGACACUCUUCCGUUGAUCCCUUGCUCUGAACUCGUACUGUGACACAGUGAGGAACACGUCGAAAGUACCUUUAAAUAUGUUAAAAUAAUGUCACUGAAAAAUUCCAUUACUUUAUUGUAUUGACUUAUGUAUAAAAAUUGUAUUGGAUGGAUUGCGUCGAGGCUCUGCAUGGACGAUUCUCGCACUGGUAAAGGCAGCUAUUUUGCAUAAAUGUGGUGUCCUCUAAGCAGGACGAGGAUAUUGUGUCGACUACAUCGCAUUAUGCAAUGUGGUCGGCUUUCUAUCCAAACAUGAGACUUAGUAAUAUAUAUUAUCUAUACACUGUUGUGAGAAUAGCUCCAAGCUACCUGUGUUAUUGAGUGAUCUGAUAAAUUAAGCAAUAAGCUUUAUGCAUGAGGAUAACAUAAAAUGUAAAAUAUGAUUUUACAGUGUAACAGUGCUCCAUUUUGAGUUGAUAAAAUUUGGCUAUAACUUGGACUGAGUACUGAAAUACGAAUCUAUUUUCAUACUAAGUCUAGCUGUGACGUAAUUUGCUCUAGGUCGUGAUCCAAUUAACUCGCAUUUUGAGUGAUGCCAAAGUGGCCAAGCAGACUCAUAUAUUUCACUGUAGUGCUACUGCUGCUGCUGCUGUAAUGCUUCCAUUGCGCCAAGUGAUACACGAACACUGCGACGGCAAACUUGUGCUUGUGCUGUGUAUAAACAACAGUAAUCAAUGUUUCAUGUUGGAAUUUGAAGAUUUCCAGAAAAUUAGUUAUUCACAAAUGGCUGGUCCAAUACCACUAAACUCACUCAGCAUAAGUACAAAUUUGUUCUGAAUAAGCUACAUUUAAUUUGAAAGUAAGCAUGUAGCGGCUUGAUAUAACAUGACAUUAUUUAUAUUAUUCCAAUGUACAUAACUUACUUAAAAUACACCAUACUUAGAUAUGUACUAUGGAUGCUAGCAUAAGAAGGUUGUAUGUAUGUAACUGUACAGCCGACAAUUGAGUGUAUUAUGUACUGAUGUAACAUUGGAUGGUACUUCAACCAUUGAUUAUUGACUCAUUACAGACAAUUUGUAUAAAUAUUGUGACUUACAUAGAAGGCACCGAAACAUUUUGUAAGCAAAGAGAAUAACAAAUUAAAACUGUCAUAAUCAUUUAUUGUUUUGCUUGUCUAAAAUUUCUCUGUGAAUGUGAAUACCAUAAUAUUGACUACUUACUACUUGCUUUACACUCCAGAGAGUCCUUGUAUAAUUUUAUUUCUUAAUUCCUUAUGUAGUGACUAUUGUAAUUUAUAUUUGGUCGGAUUAAUGUAAAAUAGCUGUACACAUUAGUGUCACAUUAUAAAGAAUAUAUUGAAAGAUAUUUUCAGUUAGUCAUAAAUAGUGUAACAUGCUUUUCUAAUUACAA